AUGGAGACAAUCGAAAAGGGCUCAACACAAAAAGUUGCGAUGACAGUUCAUGAGUUACUCGAUCAAAUUGGCGGAUUACGAGAUCCAUACACCUGUGGAAUUGUGAUAUCAAUGGGGAUGUUGUGGCUUCUCAGCGCCAUUUCCAUUAUGGCUCCUGCGUUUAUUAGCCCGUUUGAAAAGAAUUUGAAUGACACUCCGUUUGUAACAGUGCAAGAUGAAUUCAAACUCGAAAACUCGUGGAUCAACCCGGCCGAAUGGACUGGAUCAAUGAUUUUCGUUGGAAAUCUCAUCGCUGGUCAAUUUCUGGCACUCAUCACAGACUACUAUGGGCGACGUCAUGUGGUUGCAAUUUCAGCUCUAUUCUCUGGUUUCACCGGGAUCGCCUCCGCUCUUUCUCCAUCGUUCAAUCUCCUUCUAUUCACACGAUUCUUGACUGGUGUCUUUUUCACGGCUGCCUUUGUCACAAACUAUGUCCUGGCAGCGGAAUGUUUGCCUUUGUCUUCACACUCAAUAUGCUCAUUGAUAUUUGGUCUGAUGUGGGUAACCGGUUAUUGUCUGGUCUCACCGGUCGCUUUACUUUUCGCACAUUGGCGUCACUUCCUCGCCGCCGCAUCAGCUCCUCUGGCCAUUUUUGGAUUCUUUCUAAUCCUAGCUUUACCGGAAAGUCUUUUAUAUUCGGUGUCUAAACAAGACGCGGACGCGAUUCGAGCCUAUCUCAAAAAUGUGGAACGCUUUUCAAAGAAAAAACUAAAAUACAAUCUCAAGGCUAUUUUGCAAAACGAUGGUGACACUUCAGCGGGGAAGAAUUUGAAAGCAAUUAUCGGUGACUUAUUUCAAAAAGAUGUCCUGACAAAUGUGCUAUUGUCAUCGUAUCUAUGGACAGCCGUUUAUUUUGUUUACAACGGGAUGUCAUUUGCGAGCACAGUGUUGAAUGUCGGAAAUAAUCAUGUACAGUAUAUUUUGUCGGGACUUAUCGAAGUGCCCUCAUAUUUCUUGUCACCAUUGUUGUUCGAUCGACUUGGACGCCGCUUUACCGUCAUCAUCUUGUCCUUAAGCGGAAGUGUUCUCCAUUUUGUGAUGGGAAUUAUGACCAUAUUUUCUUUAGAAACCUCGACGAUUUUCAUGUGUGUCUGGCUGCUGGCAAAGUUGAGCGCCAGUGGGGUCUUCCUUUGUCUUUUUAUUUAUGGAGCUGAAAUUUUCCCGGUAAGCUGUCGUUCGGCGGCUUUAGGCCUUUGCUCUACUUUGUCCAAUUUUGGGGCCAUAGCUGCACCCCAUGCUCCAGCACUUGGUACCCUAUUCUCGGGAGCCACAUCUUUCGCGUUUGGUCUACUCUUUUUUAUUGGCAGCAUUACGACGAAAUUCCUCCCAGAGACAAGUCAUUUACAU